AUGGCGCAGCAGCUGGAGAAAGAAACACUGCUAUCCCGACGGUCCACGAUGAUCACCGCGCUGGGUCGGGCAGAGGCGUUCCUGGACGCUUUCAACGCACAACGUGAUGGAGGUCAGGUCAGGCUCCGCCUGGAGUACCUCAACAACAUGUGGACUACUCUGGAGGAGGUGCAGGGGCAGCUGGAGGACAUCGAGGAUACCGAGGAAGGUAGGCAACAGCAUGCUAGUGUCCGUGCCGAUUUUGAGCCUCGGCUCUUUGCAAUAAAAGCCGACUUGAUCUCCAAACUCCCUGUUGUUAAUCAACAAGCUCGCAUCCCUGAUACUCCCUCGCAUGCUUCCGCUCUGUCUGGGUUGAAACUUCCGACGAUCUCACUUCCCGAAUUCGAUGGGGAUUACAUGCAGUGGCUAGGGUUCCACGAUACGUUCUUGGCUUUGAUCCACUCGAAUACUGAAGUACCAGCGAUCCAGAAAUUCCACUACCUGAGGGCAGCUCUGAAGGGUGAAGCGGCGCAGCUGAUUGAGUCCAUCGCUAUUAGUUCAGCAAACUACGACCUAGCAUGGCAAACAUUGGUUGACAGGUACGCCAACGACUACUUGCUGAAGAAGCGACAUCUGCAGGCACUGUUCGACAUCCCCGCGGCAAAGAAGGAAGCUGCCGCAUCACUACAUGCGCUGGUAGACGAGUUCCAGCGCCACAAGAAGAUUUUGAACCAGCUAGGAGAGCCAACGGACUCUUGGAGCAGCAUCCUGGAGCAUCUCCUGUGCACGAAACUUCCCGACGACACGCUCAAGGCUUGGGAAGAUCACGCGUCGACCGCAAACGAUCCGGACUACGAUUGCCUGAUUGAAUUUCUUCAGCGUCGUAUGCGAGUGUUGGAGUCCAUGUUGGUUAACCAUCACCAGCCACAGUCUGCAUCAAGUGGAUCCACCCACGUCUCCAAACGGCCACCUCACUUCCGUGUAUCAUCGUGCGCAUCCACCUCUGGUUCCAACAACAAAUGUCCGGCCUGCAACCAAGAGCAUUCGCUGAUGAGAUGUGCCAAAUUCAACCGCUUUUCGACUUCUGAACGGCAGCAAUUCGUUUCCAGCAAGCGUCUUUGCCACAACUGCCUCAGGAGUGACCACAUGGUGCGCAACUGUUCAUCGAACUACAGGUGCAAGCACUGCAACAAGCGUCACCAUUCUAUGCUGCACUCCGACGAGAACCCGAGGCCGAACAACGUAGCAUCUUCCUCUCGAACGUCUAUGCCCACUCAAGCCUUUCAGUCUAGCUCUUCCUCCGCUGCAGAACCAGUAGUUCAGUCCGCUGUCGCCGCAUCCGAUGAUGUUCCCAGGGUCGUUGUUAGUGCCUCCACUCCUCAGCAUCGUGAAGAUGUUUUUCUGUUGACAGUGUUGGUGAAGGUCAUCGAUGCCUAUGGUCAAGAUCACUUCGCUCGUGCGUUACUCGACAGUGCUUCUCAACCGAACCUUAUCACCGAUCGCUUGGCACGCAGGUUGCAUCUGAAAAGGAGCCCAGUGAAUGUGACCAUCCAGGGGGCGGGCAAUCUCUCCAAGAAAGUGCGUGAAUCGAUUUUCGCUCGUAUUAAGUCGAGAAAUGACAUCUUCGAAUGUGGCGUUGAGUUUCUGCUAAUGGAUACGGUAACGGCUGAUCUUCCGGCACAAGACAUUUCCAUCAAGGAUUGGCGGAUUCCUGAGAACUUGGCAAUGGCUGAUCCUACCUUCAACAAAAGCCAACAGAUCGACAUGGUUCUUGGCGCCAAGCAUUUCCACUCAUUCUUCCCUAGCACCGCUCGUCUCCAGUUGGCCGACAAUCUUCCGAUUCUGGUGGACAGUGUGUUUGGAUGGGUCGUCACAGGAUCAGCAAAUAUGGGUCAUCAUGCUCGGCAGCAAUCUUCCACUCCCAGCGUCGUCGCAGUAUCCAUGCUGACACUCGAAGAGAGCAUGGAACGAUUUUGGAAAACCGAAGAGCUAACCAUCAACGACAAUUACUCCAUUGAAGAACGCCAUUGUGAGGAUUUCUACAAAUCUACCACGUCGAGAGAUGGGACAGGUCGCUACAUUGUCCGGCUACCACGGAAGCCUGAUUUCGACGCAAUGUUAGGAGAAUCCAAAACUAGCGCUAUGCGGCGUUUUGAUCAACUCGAGCGGCGACUCGAUCGGGACGAGAAAUUGAAGGAGGAAUACCACGAGUUCAUGAAGGAGUACCUCUCCCUCGGCCAUAUGCGACUGGUCGAGACGGACGACGGAAACCACUCCCACACCUACUAUCUUCCCCACCACCCUGUCAUAAAGGAGGAGAGUACGACCACAAAGGUACGAGUCGUAUUUGACGGCUCGGCCCGUACCUCAACCGGCUUCUCACUCAACGAAGCCCUCUGCGUGGGUCCGGUGGUCCAAGAUGACCUUCUCGCUAUCAUCCUUCGAUUUCGAACGUAUCCCAUUGCUCUAGUCGGUGACAUAGCAAAGAUGUACCGACAGGUCAGGUUGCAUCCAAACGAUUGUCCUCUACAACGCAUCCUAUUUCGAUUUUCUAAAGACACUCCUGUCCAAAUCUACGAGCUGCAAACCGUGACCUAUGGUUUAUCCCCAUCCUCAUUCCUAGCGACACGUACACUUCAGCAGAUCGCAGAAGAUGAAGGCAACGCAUACCCGUUAGCCGGUCCGUCCGUUCCCAAAAACUUCUACGUAGACGACUAUGUUGGUGGAGCAAAGUCUAUUGAGGAAGCUAUCCAGCUUCGGGGCGAGUUAUCCGAGUUACUGGAAAAAGGCGGCUUCGUUUUGAGGAAGUGGGCCUCGAAUCGCCUGGAAGUCCUGCAGGGGCUCGAAAAGGAUCAAAUUGCGACCCAUUCAAGCUUGGAGUUCUACCCGAACGAGUCCAUUAAGGCCCUUGGGAUACGAUGGGAACCGGAAUCAGAUCAACUUCGCUUUGACUCCCAAGUUCAACCUCGAGACGACCCUCCGACAAAGCGUUCCAUCCUCUCAGACAUCGCCAGACUCUUUGAUCCACUCGGCCUGAUUGCACCUGUCGUUGUCACAGCAAAAAUCCUGAUGCAGGAAUUGUGGUCCCUCUCCUGCGACUGGGAUGAGCCUGUACCGCACUGUGUUCGGCUGAAAUGGGAACAGUUCCGAAACGAAUUACCGAAAAUCGCCACCUACCGAAUUGACCGCUACGCCUUCCUGCCGGACGCUCGAGUUGAGUUGCACACUUUCGCCGAUGCUUCAACGACCGCUUACGGAGCCUGCACAUACGUCCGCUGUGAAAACGCCCUGGGAAUAGUCAAAAUUCAACUACUGGCAUCAAAGAGCAAAGUCGCACCACUGAAAAGACUGACGGUAGCCCGCCUUGAGUUGUGUGCUUGUGUCUUGGCCGCGCAUCUACACCAUCGGAUCAAAGAAUCGAUCAACGUCCACGUGUCUGCUUCGUAUUUUUGGUCGGAUUCGGCUGUAUGUCUGUACUGGCUUCGCGCGCCUCCUAGCUCCUGGAAAACCUUCGUGGCCAACAGGGUGUCCGAAGUGCAGCAUUAUACUCGUGGCGGCAUAUGGAGUCACAUUUCUGGCACGGAGAAUCCAGCAGAUCUCGUUUCACGCGGGAUGUCGGUCGAAGAGUUCGUAGAGAGUGAGAUGUGGCAGCUGAUGGCGGGGACCGAUAGCAGAGUCACGACGAGUGGACACAGCGAAGGGAAAUCGGAUUGA